UCGGUACGGACACGCCGUGUAACUUCCGGUCGCUGCCCGGCACAACCCACAACGGUAUCCAACCACACUCUCACAUAUCUGCAGCCCAAGCACCCCUCACUCCCAACCGUUGCUCUUUGCAUUAGCGCCGUUUUAUUGCUAUUGCUCGUGUCUACCAGCAUGUCCGAAACCAAACCCCUCGUUCCUACCACGGACGAUGCAGUCGACCAUCUCCGUCGCUUGAAGGCUUACCAACCAUGGGCCUUUUUUAUCACCUUUGGCGGCUACUUCAUGUCGCAUUUCUCCCGCAAGUGCUAUUCCACGGUCAAACAGCAGUUGCAGACGCAGGCAGGCUACUCGCCACUCGUCUUGUCCGAGAUGGACACGAUCUUUAUGGCGACCUACGCCGCCGGAAACAUUAUCAACGGAAAGCUCGGUGAUACCUUCAAUCCGACUACCAUUCUGGCUAUUGGCUUGCUCGGAUCCGGAGCCUGCCUUUUCCUCAUCAACGUUGCCAUUUGGUUUGACUUUGAAGGCUUUUCACAGACCCUCGGUAAUUUCUUCAUUCUCGCCGUAUACUUCUUGUUCGGAUUCUUCCAAGCAACGGGUGGUCCCGUAGGAACCGCCGUCAUGGGUAACUGGUUCUGUGAUACCGGGUCCGUCAAGAAUCGUGGGACCAUCUUCGGAUUCUGGACCUGUCACCAGUAUAUGGGAGAUAUCACCGCUGCGCUCUGUACCGCAUGGGUGCUCGGUAUUGGUUUGCCCUACUGGUGGGCCUUACUCAUACCCGCGAUUGCAAACGUUGCGUGGGCGUUUUUGACGGCCCAGCUCGUGGCCGACCCCUACACUGUCGGUAUCAUUACCCCCGAAGUCCGCAUCCGCCAAGCCAAACACGAAGCCAAGCGCAAGGAAAUGGCCGAACUGGGUGAGAGCGUGGCGGCGGAUGAAGGUCCCCAGCCUAUCACCUACUUGGCGGCCUUAAAAAUCCCCAUGGUUGCCCAAUACGCCGUUGCCUUUGGAUUUUUCAAACUCACCAACUAUGUCCUAUUCUUCUGGUUACCCUACUUUUUGGGCAAGGCGUUCGACCCCGUCACGGCCAACUUGAUCGCGGCACUCUACUCGGUAGGAAUGAUGCCCGGUGGCAUCAUCGUCGGAUACGUUUCGGAUUUGUUUGGAGGACGUCGGGCUGUGGUUAUUGGUGUCUUUAUGUGCAUGCUCAUUGUCUUUUUGGGAGUGUUUGCUGUCUACUCUGAGGCAGGCCUGUCGCCUGGGGCCUUACUUGUCAUGCUGGGAUGCAUGGGUAUUCUUGUGGGAGGACCAAACAAUAUUAUCACUUCGGCCGUCGCUGCCGACUUGGCCUCUCAUCCUUCGGUGCUCGGUAACAACAAGUCUCUCGGAACCGUCACGGGACUGAUUAAUGGAUGUGGUUCCAUUACUGCUUCGAUCGGUCUCCUGGCGGUCGGUCCUUUACAAGAAUCUUACGGUUGGGGCUCGGUGUGGCUCUACUUGAUUUUUUGUACCGCCACGGGUACACUCUUGAUGGCAACCAAGAUCUAUUCCGAAUUGUUCCCUUCCGCUGCGAACGCUACAGCCGUGAUUGUCUAAGCACAGUCGUAAUCCGGAGGGCAGUUACCACGGAAGGGAAAAGCUCGCGAUAAGACCUGUUCCGACACCUCUUCGUCCUUUUCCUUACUAAUUAAAAAUGUAAUAAACAGAUUUGCUCCUUUGAAUUUAAU